AUGCACGAGAUCCAGAACGUUUCCAGAGACUACAUAAAUGACGAGGAAGUCAGCCAGGUCGUCGCCGCCAACAAACGGCAACACGGCAACACCCAACACGGCAAUCCGACAUCUCGGCAUAAUCCAAUAUCCAAAGAAAAUCAGAGGGACCAGCCCAAACAAACAAACACAAACCGACCACCCAGGAUCGGCAAAUUCUCUAAUUAUACACCCCUAACAGCCCCAAUUACCGAGAUAUACCACCUGAUAAAAGAUCGAGGUAUUAUCCCAAAAGCCCGACAACUCAAAGAAAGAAUGGGCGGCAACAAAACCCUUUAUUGCGAUUACCACCGAGGUUACGGGCACAGCACACAAGACUGUUUCGACCUUAAAGACACCCUUGAACAAGCCAUAAGAGAUGGCAAGCUCCCAGAGUUUGCCAAAAUCAUCAGAGAACCAAAACGCGCGGAAAGAGACAGGUCACCAGAGAGAGAAGGACGCAACCCGAGAAUGCAAAAACAACCCCCCAGGGAAAGUCCAGAAGACGACCCAACCAUAAUAGUAAACGUUAUCACGGGCAAAGACGUGUCAGGCAAGUCAAAAUCAACACUAAAAAAGGACAUCAAAGUCCUGGCCGUCAGAGACCAAGCUCCAACUACCACUACCGACAAAACAAUAACUUUCCUACCCGAGGACGCACCUUUCGUCAUCUCGGCAAGAAUCGGAACGGGACUAGUCCGAAGAAUACUGGUGGACAUCGGCGCAAACUCCAACAUCCUCUUCCGAGGAGCCUUCGACAAGCUCAGGCUCCGCAACGAAAAUCUCCAAACAUACCGCAACGGCGUCACGGGACUCGAAGACAACUUUCUCAAACCGGACGGUUCCAUCACCCUACCCCUCACCAUAGGGACAUGCAACCAAAGGAAGACAAUUCUAUCUGAAUUCGUGGUCCUAAAAGACUCCACCGCCUACAACGUCAUCCUCAGAAGAAAAAUGAUCAAUGACUUCUCUGCCAUCAUCUUUACCAAAUACCUCCUUAUAAAAUUCAUAACGGAAGACGGCUCCAUCGGGACUAUCCACGGAGAUCGGGAAGUCGCAGCAGAAUGUGGCAACACCAGCCUAGCUUUGCGGAAAAAGUCUCGCGACGCAGCUGGGAUAUUCCUAGCCGACCUGGACACCCGAUAA